AAUUCGUAUUGGAGGCAGGCGGCGUAUCGACGGGACGCUGAGGCGAUCUUCUGUUAGAGUGCAACUGUCUCUCAGCCAGGCAAUUGCGCUGUCUGCUGGGAUGGCUAAAUCAAGAGUAACGCCACCACAAACGCCCUCAAGUCGUACAGCACCGGCCAAGAAAGUGGCACCAUCAUCGGAGAAGAAACCUGCAAUUUCAAUGUGGCAAAGCUACAACGCUCUAUCACCUCGUUCUCGUAUGAUCUUUGGAAUUUCUCUCUUUAUUUUUGCGGGAGCUGGGUUGUAUAUCUCCGAUAAGCUGGAAGAACGGCUACUUGCAUCAUCUCCAGGAAAACGAUGAAGACGGUGCUGGGAGGACAAGGGGUUGGGGUGACGGUGAUUUACAGCACACUUCCACGAAUCAAAACAUUUAUUUGUAUCUAC